AUGGCGGUUUUCUGGCUGGCAGCCGCUUCAGCCCAGGAUGGGCUCCUGCGCUUUUGGGGGCUGCACCACAUGCAGGAUGCCACAGGCGGCCUCCUGAGGGACCUGGGCAGAAGGUACUGCCCUGCCUUUUCAUCCAGUGUUCCUGUUGGGCCUGUGGCCCGGGAGGUUGGGGAGAAGCGUUGGGCAAUUAGUGACAACCCUGAGAGCGGAGAAAAGGAGUGGAAUCCUGGGGACCUCCACCUGGAGGGGACCCUCCCCGGUGCAGGCCAGGGUCAGGAGCUUGGGCCAGUCCUGCAGGGUGAGCGGCCCUUCGCCUGCAGCUGGCAGGACUGCAACAAGAAGUUCGCGCGCUCCGACGAGCUGGCGCGGCACUACCGCACGCACACCGGAGAGAAGAAGUUCAGCUGCCCGAUCUGCGAGAAGCGCUUCAUGCGCAGCGACCACCUGACCAAGCACGCCCGCCGCCAUGCCAACUUCCACCCUGGCAUGCUGCAGCGGCGUGGCGGCGGGGGCUCGCGCACCGCGACCCCCGGGGCGCCUGCCACCUGCAGCCCCCCGGUGCCGGAGCCAUCUCUCCCCAGCAUGGUGGCUGGAGCCAGCCGGCGGUGUGGCAGCGUCUGCGUGGCCUGA